UGGCCAAAAUUCUGCUUACUUUUUCGUAGCAAAUCGCUCACUGCUUGUUAGAGCCAAUAAGCAGCUUAUUUAUUAUAAAAAAUUUAAAAAAAAAACAACUUUUCGAAUAUUUUGAGAAUAUUAUAGUUCGUUUUGAAAAAUUCGAAAAUUAUCGUUCGAGAAAAGGCGCUUAAGGCCAUCUUGUGGCCAAGUGGAGUAGACUAGAUCGACUGGUGUGGAGAUUUUUGAACAAGUUUUUAGUUCUAGGUACGAAUUUCAUGACAUGAACUGGCGCCAAAGUUUUUGGCGGAAUUGUCGCCAUUACUAAGAUAUUGUAUUUCAGCACUCGGCUCGUUUCGAUUACUUUUAAUCGAUUUUUGGUUUUAAAGUUCGCAAAUAUAAAAGAAAAACUUCGAAAAUAUGGCUUCAAACGGAGCGGCCUGCGUUUUAAGAUUCACAAAGUUGACUGACAAAGCGCUUUCGCCGUCAAAAGGAUCUGCGAAAGCUGCCGGUUACGAUUUGCGCAGCGCAUACGACUACGUCAUUCCUGCUCAUGGAAAAGAAAUCGUUAAAACCGAUUUGCAAAUUGCUGUGCCCGAAGGUACCUACGGCCGGGUAGCUCCACGUUCUGGGCUUGCAUGGAAAAACUUCAUCGAUGUUGGUGCUGGCGUCAUCGAUGCUGACUACAGCGAGGAAAACGUGUGGAAGCUUUGCCAGGACGUGGCGACGAGGCACGCCUCGGAGUUGCAGCAUUGUCACGUUGCUUUUAUCAGCAAUCCCGGAAGAAGCGUGCCAUUGUGGCGUCAGCGAGCCGGAAAGGACGAGCAUAAGCUCGUUGUUUGGGAUUAUCACGUAAUAUUGAUUUACGCACCGGACGAUCGCGCCGUCGUGUACGACCUCGACAGCGCGCUGCCUUUUCCAACGCACUUUUGGAAAUACGCGACCGAGACCUUCCGCUCGGACGACGCUCUGCGUCCCGAGUAUCACAGGAGAUUUCGGCUCCUGCCAGCCGCCCUUUAUUUGCAGAAUUUCGCCUCGAACCGCCAACACAUGAAACGAGAGGACGGCACGUGGAUCAAAACGCCCCCCGAUUAUCCGCCUAUUUGUACAUCAACCUGCAAGGAUAAUCUCGACAUGUUUAUCAACAUGGACGAAGAGACGGGAUCGGGCACAGUGAUGAGUCUGAAGCAGCUCGUGAAUCGAUUUUAUCGACCAAGCGUCAAUCCAACGGUGGCGCAGCCGACGAAACCACAGGCCGAAUCAUAAUUAGGCACAAAGAAAAAAAAAGCAAAACAGUAGUCAAAUAUCCGCGAAAAUCCGGUCGCCAACGCGAAAUCGUUAUUCCCGUCGUUACUCCUUUCCUUAUCCCUCCUCGACGUGCGCGUGUGGCCUAAGGAUUGAGAAACAUCGAAAAUGGCGGAAAAGCGAGCUCGCAGGGGGAUUCAUUUUCCCCCAUGCUCCUGACGAAUCGUGUUUAAGGGAGAAAACAAAAACCCUAGACUUUGACAGUCGAUCCAAAUUGGCGGCGCUACGUAGCCGCCAUUUUGUUUACGUUUUUCAUAAGUGUUCACUCUCUCUCUCGUGCGUGCUCAUUUCUCGCACUUUUUCGCCCUAUAUCAAAAUAUAUGAGACGACUUGCAUAUUUCCGCAAACUUAAAACGUUUUUCGAACUCUCGUACCGAGCUAAAUAAACCGUACGAAAGACUGAUAGCGCGGAUCCCUUCCGCGCGUCAACUCUUCAUUUCUUUUUAUCUCUUUCUCUCUAGCUAGAUAAGCGCGGUUUUUUACUCCCCGCCACUUAAAAAGGAAAAAGAAAAACAGACAAAAAAAAUGAAGGAGUCGUUGUUACUUACGAUUAUUGUGAUUCUUGUGAUACUUUACACUUUCUACUUUGAAAUACCUUUGCCAAUUCUUACUCGAUAUGUAAAAACCGUUUUUACUGUACUCGGCGAGCCCGCGAGAUCGCGCCACCGGCGACCAGUGGAGUUUCCAUUUUUUGGCGUUCGUACGUUGCCAACGGGAAAUAAAAAAGUAACGAAAACGGCAGUAUUAAGCCACUUCAAAUUUUAUAGGUUAAUUAUCGAGUCGUAGACAAAAUAGUGAGUUAUCGUUUGAAAAUAUACAAAAAACGACACAAACAAAAAUGACCAAUAUCCAACAUCGAAAGAAAGACAAACAACACGACCGUCGAGUCAACGAAUAUAUUUUUCUAGCUAACCUCGUAUGAAACCUUGACAACGAAACAAACAAAAAAUAACAAUUUAGAAUUGCUUUAGAUCACGUUAGUAUACGAUUUCUCGAUUUCCUGCCCGCCUCGUUGAGCUUAGUUCUUUAUAGUUUCUUCUAAAAAAUCGAAAAUAAUAUAAAAGUGAGAAAAUGGCGUGGGAGGCUCGCGUACAAGAUGGUUGAGUGGCCGAGUGCAGGACCCAAUUUUCGUAAGACCACGGGCAUAUCUCGGGUACCGAUCUAGUCAAAUUUCCCGUCAACGUUCGAACGCCACUGCUGGAUAUAUAAAAAUUCAAAUAAUUCAACAAAAAUUUAAACAAGGCAGCGUUUCUCGUGGCUCUCGCGCACAAACGAAACAAGCAACCAAAUAAUGCUAAAGAAUCUUGUGCUCUACGCACAAAAACGUUCAUCCGCUCUUUGCCUUCCAUUAAACUUUUUAAAAGUCCCAGAUAAAUAUAGAAAUUUAAACUUUCCAAUUUUAAAUAUUCGUCGUCCGACCCUCUCGAUCAAAAGUCCCCCAGUUUAUUUGUGUCACCCAAAUUCGUGCAAUAUUUCCCGAGAAACCCUGGAAAAAAAUCAAUUUCCUCAGCCCUGAAAACCAGCGAUACGUCACAAACAACAAAAUGGAGAAACCCACCAACAGGUAUUUUCAAAAUAAUAAUGUUUUAAACCUUAUAAUAUUUCAUAUUUAUUAUACACACAUAAAUAUAUUGAUAUAUUCGAGUAUUGGGGAGGAAAAAACGACCUUUUAGACGAUGAUACAUAAAAAAAUAUAUAUAUAUAUAAAAUAUUAAUAUGAAUAUAUAUAUAUUAAAUAUAUUAGUUAUACAAUGUUUUUUAUAUUCGUCGGCGUCUUUUUCUUGCAUCAUUGUCAAACGGCGAAAUAAAACGCCUCAGCUUCGAGAACCAAAACUUGAAAAACCAAAUAUAUGUACAAACGUAAGAGAAAAUAACGAUUGAACAAAAAAGCUGCACAACAUCGUGAAUACGCGUCGAUGUGAUUUUUUACUCUCGUAUCUCGCUUUGCUCAUUCGGGCUAUGGUUCGUCGUCCCGAGGCCAAAAAAAAUUCAACUAAAAUCAAGAAGUAUAAAGAAGAAUAAAAGGAACAAGAAAGAAAAAAAAGAUGAAAGAAAACAGAAAAUAUGGACGAUUAUACCCGACCGCGUUGACUCUUCAAAUGUUUAUUGUAUUUAACUCGCAAACAAAUAAACAAGAAAAAACAAUAUAUAAAUAUAUAUAUGAAAUAUCUAAUUACAAAGGAGGGAAAAACGAAGAAAAAUGAGGAAAAAAAAAGAAUUGUGGACUUUGAAUCGAAAGCAAUUUUGCGUUUCGUCGUUAUGAAAUAAAAAAUAUAUUAAAAGAAAACUUCAUGAUCGAGAA